CGUCGCCGCCGUUUGCCUCGCAUUUUGCACUUUGCGGUCCGCUCGAAAUUUUUAUUUUGGAUUUAACGUGUGCUACCCGUCUAUAUAUACCACUAUAUAUAAUAUCCGUCUAUACGGGCGGCCAUAUCGAAAUCAUCGGUUCUAUCGGUCCCACAUAAACAAUUAGUUUCAAAUUGCCAAAGUAAUUUGACAUCAGCCAAUAAGUAAACAAAUAAAAAGGUGUGCAAGUUUCGUUUUAGAUACGAAAACGCUGAGCUCAUUAUUACUGGCUAAUUAGCAUAAAAAACGUAAAGCUCCAAAGCGGCUGUAAAAGUCAUAAAAAAUAUGAUUCUAACAAUGAAAAAAUACUGUGUUAUUCAAUUUUUACUAAUCCCCUAGCGUUUUUAUAGUGAAAUAAACCUGAAUAUUAGCCCAGUGACACAGUUCUAAACCGUCUUAUCAGCCGAACCGUUUUUAAUCAAACCUAAUACAAUCUCUCACAGUGAAAUAAACAAUUGAACGUACAAUUAAUAAAUUUAACUUGUUGGUUGUGUGUAGAAGCACCAAAUCACGUGCCUCUAAUUGCAAAUAGUUGUUCGUGUUAAUUAGUGUUAAAUACACUCGCUAUCGCCUUUGUUUUUUCAGUCGGGCAGAACAAUUGUAAAUCUGCCCGAGUAUCGUUUUCCCAGCUGCGAUUCCCUUACAAAUUUAUGCUCCACUUUCAUGUUAUGGAAUUUUCAAUGGACUCCAAAAAAACUAAAAGGCACAAAUCAAAACCCAAAUGAGCAGCACCUGAGCAGCGAACCGGCUGGCUCGCCCUCCACCACCGGCAGUCCCAACAACAGCAACAACGCAACAGUCGCAGCAGCUGCUGCAGCAACAACAACAGCAGCAGCAACAACAGCAACAGCAACAACAGCAGGGACCGCUGCGGUGGGAGGAGCGGGCGGAGGCGGAGGAGGCGUUGGAGUGGGCGUGUCAACACCAACAAAGAGUCCACAACGCAGCGUUUUCCAGGAAGAUGCUUAUCAGUCGAACUUGGCUGGCGGCGAUAGCGUCGAUAACGUUGAAUCGGCUCAAUCGGAAGGCAAUCCGAGCGGUGGAUCGCCCGGCCAGCGUCACUCGAUAAACUCGGCGGAAUACACAUCCACUCCAAAGACCAGUCGGAAUGGUCCGAAUGGCAGCAACGCCGCCAGUGGAACAACAUCGCCCAUUAAUUACCAACUGCCCGGCGAUGACUAUCCCUAUGGCAUAGAGUAUGAGUCACAGCAACUGCAAUACCAACAGCAACAACAACAGCAGCAACAGCAACAGCAGCAGCAACAGCAGCAGUCACAGCAGCAGCAACAACAGCAGCAACAGCAGCAACAGCAGCAGCAGCAACACAACCAACAUUUGCCAGUGAGCGGAGUGGAGCAAUCGCCAGCGAUUACCUACCAAAGUUUGCCGGCCAGUCGCCAGAGUUACGCUUCACCGCCGGCACUCGUGAUUCCCCAGCGGCAAUCGCUGCUUCCCUGGGGCGCCCAUUCGAGGAGCUCGAUCAUCAACGUCCUGCCCAGUUACACCCAAGCCGAGAUGCAUGCCUUGGCCGCCAGCGUGGCCAGUGUGGAGAUCUCCGCUCCGCGUCCUGGCGAGAUUGUGAUGCGGAACCUGUUCAGCGAUUUUACCGCCCAGGCGGAGAAGAAAAUUGAGCUGGUGAUGCUGGAGAGUGCCGACAAGAAUCUAUCGAAGCUGCUGCAGCGCGGCGAGGAUCAGCAGUUCGAUCAGCUUCUUUCGGCCUUGGGAUCCGUGGCCGAACACUGCCUGCCAUCCCUGCUGCACACUCUGCUCGCCUGGCAUCGUCGCCAGUUGUCCGAAAUGGAGAUCAAGAACGACCUCAAGAAACCGGCGCCGAGUGGCAGCAAUUCGCAGGCGGGUGGAAGCAACAAACCCACGGUGGAUUUGGAUUUCCAACUGCAGCGUAGGGAGGCGGCUGUGGAGUUCAUUUUCUGUCUGGCCCUCAUCGAGAUCCUCAAACAGUUGCCCUACCAUCCGGGUCACGAGGAUCUGGUGCGCAGCAUCGAGAACCUGGCCUUCAAGCACUUCAAGUACAAGGAUGGCCUGCAGAACAACCCGAAUGGCAUGAAUAUCCACAUGAUCGCUGAUCUGUAUGCCGAGGUGAUUGGUGUGCUGGCCCAGAGUCGGUUUGGAUCGGUGCGCAAGCGCUUCAUGAGCGAACUGAAGGAGCUGCGCGGGAAGGAGGCAUCGCCCACGACCACACAGAGUAUCAUUUCCCUGCUGAUGGGCAUGAAGUUCUUCCGGGUCAAGAUGGUGCCCAUCGAGGAGUUCGAGGCCUCGUUUCAGUUCAUGCACGAGUGCGGUCAGUACUUCCUCGAAGUGAAGGACAAGGACAUUAAACAUGCAUUGGCAGGACUCUUUGUGGAGAUCCUGGUGCCUGUGGCAGCGGCCGUUAAGAACGAGGUGAAUGUUCCUUGCGUCAAGAACUUUGUGGAGCUGCUCUAUGUGCAGACAUUGGAUGCCUCCACAAAAUCAAAGCAUCGUUUGGCUCUCUUCCCGCUGGUCACCUGCUUGCUCUGCGUCUCGCAGAAGACCUUCUUCCUCACCUAUUGGCACUACUUUCUGGCCAUGUGUCUGAGCAAUCUGAAGAACCGCGAUGCCAACAUGAGUCGGGUGGCUUUGGAGUCGCUGUACCGUCUACUUUGGGUCUACAUGAUCCGCAUCAAGUGCGAGUCCAACUCGGCCACGCAUUCCCGCCUGCAGAGCAUUGUGAACUCCUUGUUCCCCAAGGGUUCCAAGGGAGUUGUACCUCGCGAUACCCCUCUAAAUAUCUUCGUGAAGAUCAUUCAGUUCAUUGCGCAGGAGCGCCUGGAUUUUGCAAUGCGAGAGAUUGUCUACGAUCUGCUGUGCGUUGGUCGCUCCAUCAAGCUAAUCCUCAACCCGGAACGCAUGAGCAUCGGACUGCGAGCCUUCCUGGUCGUCGCCGACUCACUGCAGCAGAAGGCGGGUGAACCGCCGAUGCCCAGAGUGGUGCCAGCCCUUCCAUCCGGUAAUACGCUUCGUGUGAAGAAGACGUACAUCAACAAGAUGCUAACCGAUGACACUGCGCGGAGCAUUGGCAUGUCCACGUACUUCCCACACGUUCGCCGAGUUUUUGUAGACAUUUUGAGGGCUUUGGAUGUGCACUACGGUCGUCCACUGAUGAUGACGAACACGCAGAACCAGAACAAGGAGCCGGAUGAAAUGCUCUCGGGUGAAAGGAAGCCGCGCAUCGAUCUCUUCCGAACUUGUGUGGCUGCCGUGCCGCGCUUGAUUCCCGAUACGAUGACCGCCCAUGAACUGGUGGAUCUGCUCUCCCGGCUAACCGUCCACAUGGACGAGGAGCUGCGAAUACUAACGCACCAGUCGCUUACCACGUUGGUUAUAGAUUUUCCGGAUUGGCGUCAGGAUGUCGUGCACGGUUACACUCAGUUUCUGGUGCGCGACGUUACCGACACCUAUCCGCAGCUGCUGGAGAACUGCACGCGCAUCCUGUUCAACUUCCUCAACAUCUGGCGCUGUGCCAUCAUUGUGAAUGGCAAUAAUGCCGCAAGUGCUCCCACUGGCGGCACAAAUGUGGUUGCCACAGCACAACCCAAAGUGGUGGCCACAGGCACCGCAACGGGAACGGGAACGGUGGUGCAGGCGGCAUCAUCAGCGCCAGCGAAGGACACCGCCAGCAGUCAGUUGUCCAAGCAGCAGAAUCUAAACACAGCCAGCAGUGCUGCCUCCAGCAUAACCACCUCCAGCGGAAUGUCGAGCAUCACCCAGCAUACGGUGCUGAAUAUGGCCGGUGAUGUGGGCAAAAAGAACGAGAUUCCGCUGGCCACCACUCUGCAUUUUGUCGAGGGUUUCGCUUUGGUCUUGCUCUGCAACUAUCGGCCCUAUCUGCGCAAGUUGGCCGCCAUGAUCCUCAAGGAGGUGAAGAAUCUGAUGCGGACGUUGGGUAUUCCGGAAACAGAGCCACCGCUAAUUGAUGUCAUGGAUCGCUGUGUGCCGGCGAUCGUUGAGAAGUGCCUGCCACUGCUGCCACAAGCGGAGAAGACGGCUAUUCUGAAUGCCAACUGCAUUGAUCUUCAGUGGAUAGCCGAAAGAUCCAGUGGCGUUUGGCUGGCGGGCCUAACAGAUGACAACUCCAAGUCCUCAACAUCCACGCUUAAUUUGUCGCAAUCCAGCUCAACGGCAAAUGCCUCGGCUGCGGUGGCCAGCUCCCCACAACCUCCUUUCGAUCCCUGGGCCACCUGCUUGUUUGGCUUGCUGGAGCGACAGCGCAUCCUGCAGCAGUGUCCUUCGGCAGUGGCCCAGGCCUGGCCAAUUUGCUUUACGCGCCUCAAUGCACUCUACAGUGUCAUAGAUCCCACCCCCGUGAGCGACAAUCGAGCUUCGUUGCUGAGGAGCUCGGCGCCCACCAAGAAAGUGCCCACCGAGAGCCAGAAGGAUUCGUAUCUGCGCCUCUGGAGGAAUCAGGUGGCAUGUGCCAUGCGUCUGGUUCCCCAAAUCCCCAGUGUUGCCGUUCGUUGUGCUUCACCAGAUUUGAGUUUGAGUUUACAAGAUCAGUCGGACUCGCGUUCGCUGUCCGAUUCCCUGGACAAUAUACCAUCCAAUGUUUUUGGACCAGAGGGAAUCGUCACGCGUUUCACGCUGCCACUCUCCUAUGGACGCAAAGAGGCGCGCCAAAAACGACUUGGCUCAUCGCCGGACUCCCUGAACGCCGAUCGCAGUGACAAGUCGGCGAUGGGGAGCGCCUCGCCACAUGCCCUCUAUAAGCUGGUGGUUCCCCUGCUCCGCUGCGAGGUUGUCGAUGUGCGCGAUGCCGCCGUGAACGCCUUGGGUCUGAUAAACCACGAUGCGCUCAAGGAUUUGAUGGAGGAGCUGGUGGUGUACAUCCGGGAGGCGGUGGAUCGCAAGCAGGAGAACAUGCGCCGACGGCGGCGACGGGAUGCUCUGCGGCUGCAAGUGGUGCGGGUGCUGGAGAAGAUUGCCGAGAAUGGAACCUUUGGAGUGAGCACUUGUGUGCUGGAACGCGACACGAUGUCCUUGCAUCCCACUUUCGUGGAGUACAUUGAGGGCGCCAUGGCCUACCUAACGGCUGAGACGGACAAGGAUAACCUGAGCAUUCGCGAGGUGAAGGCGCACUUUUGCAAUUUCAUACGCAAGAUGAUUAAAAACUUCUCACUUGAAUCCUGCGCCACACUCCUGUCCCGGCUCCUGAAGCGUAAUCUGUUCAAUUUGUUUGCCACAUGGUGCGGCAGCUUCUCCAAGCCACUCGGCUAUACCUUGCAGAUUGGCCAGACCGUCGAGGAGGAGAAGCUGCAGUUCAGCGCUCUGCAGGCCAUGUCCGCUCUGCUCUGUUGUGGUCACAUCUUCUAUGCGCCACAUCUUCAAGACGACGGCAUCAUAUACAAGUGGCUGGAUCUGCUGCUGACCUCCAAGGACGAAAAGAUUUACCAACUGGCGCGGGACACAGUGGUGCUGCUGCUCGAAUCAAAUCCGGAUAUGGGACAGCUCCUGGAGUGGGUCAUAGAUCGGUGCUACACGUCGACGCCUCGCGAGGCGGACGCCUGUUUCCUGGCCCUGGCCUCGAUCUUUAGUGCAAAGGAAUAUCCGUGCGACCACUACACCUCCGUGAUAACAGUAACGCUCCUCAUGACGGGCUGUCCUCGCGUGGAGGUGCAUGCAACAGCGUUGCAACUGCUGCAGAUCCUGGACAAGCGAUUCUUUGGCAGCGUGGUGGGCACUCUGCACAGCGACAACGAGAAAGAGGACGACAAGGUGGGCACUUUGGAUGUCCUGCUGAGCAGUGCCUACUGCCGUUCCCAGCGCUUCCUCUCCAAGCAACUGGCCCAACUUCGUCCGGAGCUUACCAUGUCAAUUUUCUCGGAAAUCACCCACCGCUUCCAGAGUGCUCGGGAGGAUGUGCGCGCCCUGCUGCUGCAGUGCCUCCUUCCGUGGCUGCAGAACAUGGAGCUGGUGGCCACCAGUGUGCCGCCUGCCACGCCCCUUUCCUACAUCAUGUAUUUUCCGGAUUCAGGGACGCGAGGACGACGCGAAGGAACCGGUUCGACGGAGGCAACGGAAAUGAUUCUGAACAACCUCUUCUACAUCACAGCCAAGUUCUCGGACGCCCAUCCGCGUGACAUUGAGGAGUUGUGGGGCACUCUCUGCCAGUUUUGGCCAAACAACCUGAAGGUUAUCCUCCGCUACUUGGUCAUCAUGAGUGGCAUGGCGCCCACCGAGCUGCUUCCCUAUGCCAAACGGGUGGCUCUUUAUCUGGUGCGAAGCUGUCCGGAUCGCUUGCUGGACGAGCUCAUGGCUGAGCUGCAGACUGUGGAGACGCUCAACUGCCUGAUUGAGCGGACGGAAACGCCGCCUUUCUACCGAUUGACCAGCAUGCGAAAGGCUUCCAGUCACAGUGCCGAUGGCCAAGCUGUAGGUGGCAUUAACGACUCCAGAAUUCAGGAUUUGGCUGUGGAAAAGGGCACCAUUCACACAAAGCGGCACAGCGGCGAGGAUCCAAUAAAAAUUGGAACCUGCAAAUCAGAUAGUGGCAUCCGAGCCUACACCCAAGCAGCAGCUGCUGCUGCCGCCGCUGCAGUUACUCCUGGUUUGGGUGGCAGUCGUCCGCCUCGAGGAGCCGACAAGAUUCGCGCCGCAUCUGGACCUCCUAUUCUGCCCCGACCGGAGGAUAUACUGAUCAACGAUCCCGAGUUGCGGCAGGAGGAGAAUGUUGAGCUGCGUGGAGCCUCGGAUGCUCCACCGAAUGCCCAUCCACAUCCCCUUCCCAUGCCGGAAUAUGGAGGCUACUUUGCACCACUCACCGAGUUCUUACCCGAUGUUAGUUUGCCCAUCAGCGGGUUCCACAGAUGCAAUGUUGCUGUAAUGCUGCUCACAGAUAUCGUGGUGGAUGGAAUCCCGGGCAUCGACUGGACCCUUCACCUACCCUUAAUGCUGCACAUCCUGUUCCUGGGUCUGGACCACACCCGCAUCAUUGUGAGGGAGCACUGCAAACAGCUGUGUGUCAACCUGCUGAUCGUUCUGGCGGAGCACAACGAUCACCUGACGGUGGCCCGAAUCCUCCUGAACAGCGAGACUAGCAAACUAGAUCUGGGACUCACGGUUCCUGCGCUGCCCGUGAUCGAUAAUAACUUCACCGAGUUGCAUCAGCAGUUUGAUAGCUAUCUGAUGCACGUUAGCCCUCAGGCGGCAGCUUAUGCCCUGCAGCACAACCUCUCCAGUUCGACGAUCAUAGCGGCACAUCAGCAGAAUCUAACGCAAACUCCACAGAAUCAGCAGCAAACGGGUGCUCAGAAUGGACAGAAUACCACUCCUCCCGGAUUAACUGCCACUCCGGCUGCCCUGCAAAUAAAUCCAAACAAUUCGGAAAAUUCGGAGGUGCCGCUAAUCCAUCCCGAUGAGCAUGCUCCUCCACAACCUGGACCUAGUAUGCCCAUUGCCCAUGUGAUCAAGAGCCUUCUAAAGUUUUUGGCCCAGGAUACGUGUCAGCCACUGUGGAACUACGAGGAUAUUACGGCCAAGGUUUGGGCCGUGAAAUCUGCCGAGCAACUGAGCUGCUUCCUGAAGCACAUGGUCAAGGUUUUCGCGGAUAGUUAUCCACAAGCUCGCAUCGCCGAACGCUGGGCACAAACUGCCCUCCAGUUGGGUUUAUCCUGCUCAUCGCGACAUUAUGCCGGCCGCUGUCUGCAGAUCUUCCGCGCCUUGAACGUGCCCAUCAACUCAAGGAUGCUGUCCGAUAUCCUGUCCAGAUUGGUGGAAACGGUGGCGGAGCAGGGAGAAGAUAUGCAGGGAUACGUAACGGAGCUGCUGCUCACUUUGGAGGCUGCUGUGGAUAGUUUGGACUCGGAUUUCCGUCCUCUAGAUGUGAUGAAGGAUAUAUUCAAGAGCACUCCCAAUCUGAACAACAAGGAUGGUGGCCCCAACUCCAUCCUGCCUGGCAAGAAAUCCCCAUCGGGCAUGACUCCACAAUCGUCGAACUACUCGAUACCAAGUCAUGGAAGGAGCACCAGCUACUCGGUUUCCUAUUGCGGUCGGAAGGCCAACAACUCACCGUGUGACAAACAGGUGGAGUUGAGAAACCGAUCAUCGGGAAUCGAUCUCGAGAGAAGCGUUGUUUGCAAGUUUGGCGUUGGUGGUGGAGGCGUGGGAGCUGGAUCAGCUCUCUCCCGAUCCCGUAGUGCCCAGAGCCUCAAGAUGCUCGGUGAUACGGCCACGCAGGAUGACAAGAUGACCAUUUUGGCGCAGCUCUUCUGGCUCUCUGUUUCCCUCUUGGAAUCGGACUACGAGCAUGAAUUUAUGUUGGCGCUGCGUUUGCUGACCAGGGUUUUGCACCGACUGCCUCUCGAUCGUCCGGAUGCAAGGGAUAAGGUGGAGAAAUUGCAGCAGCAGCUCAAGUGGACGGCUUAUCCGGGUGUGCAUGCUUUGCUUCUAAAGGGCUGCACCCACAGUGCCACCUAUGAGCCAACCAUUACACUCCUCUCGCAGUUUGCUCCGCUGCUGACCCUGCCCGUUUGUGAUCCCACCCAGAGUUGCGCUUUUCCCAUGAACGUCAUCGCAUUGUUGCCCUACAUGUUGCUGCACUACGAGGAUGCCAAUGAGAUCUGCAUUCGAAGUGCUGAGAACAUUGCCCAGGUUUCCACGGAACUUGGUGCAAAGCUAGAGAAUCUGGGCACUGUGAUGACUUUGUACAGCCGGAAGACCUUCUGCAAGGAGUCCUUCCAGUGGACCAAGUGUGUGGUUAAAUACCUCCAUGAUACCUAUGCUCAUAUGGGACUCCAUAUGGUGGCGUUCCUUAUUGAAGUCCUGGAAAAGGGACCGCAGCAAGUGCAGGUGCCUGUGUUGAAUGUCAUCCACUGCAUGCUGCACUACGUGGAUUUAUCAGCGCCGCAGGCUCAGACCAUCAAUGCAGAUUUACUGAGAGCCAUUGGAAAAUACCUCGAUACGGUGAACUGGAAGGACUCUCUGAAGAUCCUAAAGCUGAUUGUGACCAGGAGCUCAUCCCUGCAGGUCGUUCCGCCCAGCGACGGCAGCAGCGCCGGCUUAUCGUUCUCUUUCUAUGGCGCAUAUCCGGACUCGGAUAUGUUCUGUAAAAAGGAACUGGCCGGUCGCACCAUGGAGUUCACCUUUGAUGUUUCGCAAACCCCGCUGAUCGGUCGACGUAUCCUGCUCAAGACGGAGGAACCGGCGGCCACCGGAGCGGCUUCAACCACAGGCAGCUCCUCAUUAAAUUCUACCUUGACGAAUGCCACCACGGUGACAUUGGCACCCAGUGCUGUGCAACAGCAGACGAAUGCCCAACUGCAGCAGCAGCAGCAGCGUGCCCACUCGAAUGUGGCAGCGAUGGCAGCUGCAGCAGCCGCUCAGCAUCAGCAGCAGCAACACGCCAUUGGAGCAGGGAGCAGUGUGGUGGGAACACCCAAUUCCCCCAGGCGAAGUGCAAGUCUCUCGCCGGCGGACACAGUGCCACUUAGUGGAUGGAAAAAGCCCUGGGUCUCGCAGUGUCGAGUGCGUGAGUGCCUGGUCAAUCUGCUGACCACCUGCGGCCAGCGUGUCGGUCUGCCCAAAUCGCCCUCGGACGAUUUCAUAAACUCAAUUUGCUCAAAGGUGAUCUUCAGCCAAUCCUCGGAUCUGAUGGAGCGCCAAUCCUCGGCCGCUUCUUCUACGGAGGAGACUUCGGGUCCUCAGGGCGAUUUGAGCAGCGGCUCGCGAAGGGACGAUGGUCAACCCGACUUCACCGUCUUCAAGGACUUUGAUUUCCUGGAGUACGAGGACAGUAUUGCCGGCGAGUCCACGGACAACUUUAACUGGGGUGUCCGACGGCAGGCGCUCUUUGAGGGCGACGAGGAGCGUUUGAAUUGUGGCAGUGGCAUUGGUGGCUCCAUUAAGGGAGGUCACUCGUCCGCUUUGGAGGACAGCUUCAGUGACAAGACCCCCAUUUUAAGCAAGCGAAAGCGGCAGAUUGCCGACGAUUCUUCGGAUGAAGAGGCAGAGUCCGAGUCGCCCUUGGAUGAGGAUCAUCACCGCCAGUCGUUCCUUAAGUCUGGCUACAGUGCAGUGCCUCCGACUUCGCUUAGCCUUCGGGAGCGCAGACGUCGCAACUCGGUGUCGCGUAGCGAUACCAGUGGAUCUAGUGCUGGAGAUUUGGGCGAUCUAACACCCUGCAAUGCCUCACCUCAUUUACCGGGCAUCAUUCGAUUUGCCGCCAUUCGCGACGAGGCGGAGGAGAACUGGCGACGCCAGCUGCAGGCCAUGUUGGUCAAUCAGCCAUCGGCUCAUACCUCGGAAUUGUUGCAGCAACUGUACAGGGUGAUCAAAGAGCUUACCUUCAAAACUAUUACCAUUUCAAAGGAGGCUAAGAAGUUCUUCACCGGCAUUGGUUCACAGCUGGGCAACAGGAUUUCCCUCUUUACGGAUUUACUAAGCUCUCGGGCGGAUCCUCCGCAGGUUUGGUGCAGCGAGCUGCAGACCACCGCUCCCAAGCUAUUUGAAACGCUGCGUUUUAAUGUGCUGGAAGUGCAAGAGCAUUUGGAGACCUUUUUCGAUCGAAAGGAUCAGGUUUUGGAGUGCCUGGACGCCGUGAAAUCCAGUUGUAAACUCUCGCUCUUCAACGAGUCGGAUGUGGCGGCUUCUGGCCUGGAGUUGCCUAGCUCCUCCAGCAUUGCUUACAUGCCCUUUGACCCCGCCUCCACUGAGGUGGUACUGGACUUGGGUCGCUCACUAUACAAGCUAAUGUUCCAACUGCUACUGCUCAUCGAAUCGAAUCACAAGAUAUCCUCGAAUGUGGUUAACCAUUUCCGUAUCAAUGAAGACAUGCAUGACAUAUCCGAUCUCUAUGCCCUGGUUCGCGAUGCCCUGGUGCGCUACACCAGCGAAGCCGAAUUGGAUUGCUUGGAAUCUUCCACCUCAACGGAGGGCGAGCACACGCCCACUCCUUCACCAGGAUUGCCAAUGACCCAGGAGGAGUUCGAAGCUGCCCUAGCCGAGCACAUCGAUCUGCAGCGUUGGCCCAGCGCCAUUGCCCAUGUGCGUCAGUAUCGGCGGAUUUCAACGCUCAACGCUACCGGUGAUCAAAGCCUGACCAUAUUUAGCUAUAGCAGCCUGGACAGUCGCCAGAAAUGGGAUGAGAUGUCCGUGAUACUAAAUGCAUAUGCGCAUGGAAUUAUGAAGGAUCGCACAGCAGAAGCCUUCAUAGUUUCCAAAUCCGACUCGGAGCUGUUCGAGAUCUACGCCAUUCUCUCGGAGAAUUUGUAUCACGUAUCCAGCGCCUUGACCAACAUGGAGAUCAGCAUGAAGAGCUACUCGGCGGGCAUCGCAUCCGGCAAUUUGCAUCGCAGCGAACAGGACAUUGUGACAAAUCUUUAAAGUAAUCUAUAGACUAAGUUUAUCGCAGAUGUAAGCUCACUUUUAUAUGUAAUCUUUUAGUAUGUAGGCUGCAUACUUAGACACUGCGGUGUGCGUAAGCGAUCAUUAUUAUUGUGUGAACAAAUGAGUGUUAGGUGCGAUCUAUCAAUAUAUAUUUAUCAAAUACAGCACAAA